UGAACAUUGAAUAUGAUAAUGCCAAACCCAGAACAAACAAACUAUGCUUCAAUUGUCCAUACCUGAGAGCUAGAUCAUAUCCUUUUUCCGGCCGAUCUCCGUCUCAGUGCAGGUUCACUUGAUAUGUAAAAGAUGGAGAUUGAAGGUAAUGCAGAGUUGAAUGGACACCUACAAAUGCUUCCACCUCCACCUGGAAGAUUUGUCGAUCGUGAAGAACUUAUACAACACGUCGGGGACUUUGCUGUAUCCCAGGGAUAUGUAGUAACUAUCAAGCAGUCUAAGAGAGACAGAGUAGUAAUUCUUGGUUGUGAUAGAGGAGGUGUUUAUCGUAACAGGCGGAAGGCUUCCGAUGAAUCCUCUAGUGAACGUAUUCGCAGAAGGAAAUCAGGUUCCCGGCUUACCAAUUGCCCUUUUGAAUGUGUGGGAAAGAAGGAUGACGGGUUGUGGUUACUUACAAUAAAAAAUGGAGUACACAAUCAUGAGCCGUUUAAGGAUAUUUCAGAACAUCCUACUGCUCGUCGUUUUUCAGAGGAGGAAAUCCAGUCUAUUAAGGAGAUGACUGAAGCUGGGUUGAAACCUCGACAAAUUCUGAAGAGAUUGAGACAAGGCAACCCAGAACUUCUAUCCACUCCAAAGCAUGUAUAUAAUGUUAAAGCUAAAAUCCGACAAGGAAACAUGACAGUGAGGCAUAUCAGGUCAUUGAGAAUCGAAAAAUGUGCUGCGGGAAGCAGUUCUCUCUCUGCUAAUGAGCCAUCUUGGAGGCAGCGUUAUCCCAUGAGGGUUCCUAAUCUAAUUGGAGGAAAAUUUGUUGAUUCAUCAUCUUUUGCAACUAUAGAUGUUAUAAAUCCUGCAACACAACAUGUUGUUUCUCAAGUUCCUAUGACUACAAAUGAGGAAUUUAGAGCUGCAGUAUUUGCAGCAAAGUGGGCAUUUCCAGCAUGGAGAAACACACCAAUUACCACUCGUCAACGAAUUAUGUUCAGAUUCCAAGAGCUUAUUCGGAGGGACCUGGAUAAGCUGGCAAUGAGCAUUACUACCGAGCAUGGAAAGGCUUUAAAAGACGCAUAUAAUGAUGUAUCACGAGGACUAGAGGUGGUGGAACAUGCUUGCGGAUUGGCUACUCUGCAAAUUGGAGAAUUUGUUUCCAACGUCUCUAAUGGGACGGAUACCUAUAGCAUUAGGGAACCACUUGGCGUAUGUGCUGGAAUUUGCCCAUUUGAGUAUCCAGCAAUGAUCCCACUAUGGAUGUUUCCUGUUGCUAUUACAUGUGGAAAUACUUUUAUUUUAAAGCCACCAGAGAAGGAUCCAGGGGCUUCUAUCACGUUAGCAGAGUUAGCCAUGGAAGCUGGAUUACCUAGUGGUGUUCUAAAUAUUGUUCACGGCACCAAUGACAUAAUUAAUGCUAUUUGCGAUGAUGACGAUAUUAAAGCUAUUUCGUUUGUCGGUCCAAAUUCAGUUGGCGCAUAUGUUUAUGCAAAAGCAUCUACUAAAGGAAAACGUUUUCAGUCUAAUAUUGGAUCAAAGAAUCAUGCCGUAGUCAUGCCUGAUGCAAGCAUGGAUGCUACUUUAAAUGCUUUAGUAGCUGCUGGCUUUGGUGGUGCAGGACAAAAAUGCAUGGCCCUGAGCACCGCUGUCUUUGUUGGAGGCCCAAGUCUAUGGGAAGAAAAACUCGUAGAGCAUGCUAAAGCGCUUAAAGUAACUGCUGGAACAGAACCUGAUGCAGAGCUUGGUCCAGUCAUUAGCAAGCAGGCAAAGGAACGAAUAUGUAUGCUAAUUCAGAGAAGUAUAGACAGCGGCGCAAAACUAGUUCUUGAUGGAAGACACCUUGUGGUUCCGGGAUAUGAACAUGGGAACUUCAUGGGGCCUACCAUCUUAUCUGAUGUCACAGUUGACAUGGAGUGUUACAAGGAGGAAAUCCUUGGCCCAGUUCUUCUUUGCAUGAAAGCUGAUUCCAUAGAAGAUGCCAUAAACAUUGUAAACAGAAAUAAAUUCAGCAAUGGAGCUUCUAUAUUUACCAAAUCUGGUGUUGCUGCAAGGAAGUUUCAGACAGAGAUUGAGGUUGGGCAGGUGGGCAUUAAUGUUCCUAUCUCAGUCCCACUGCCGUUCUCUUCGGUUAUCAGCUCCAAGCCUUCUUUUUCUGGAGAUGUCAACUUUGAUGGAAAAGCUGGAAUUCAAUUUUACACCCAAGUUAAAACAGUGACACAACAGUGGAGAGAUUUAUCAAGUGAAAAUGUUUUACCAGCUAUGCUAUUAUCAAGUGAAGAAGAUGCAUCAGCUAUGCCACUGCCAGGGUCUUAGAAAUUUUAGCAGACAGUUUAGAAAUAGAAAUAGAAUUUUAAAUUAUUAUUUUUUUCCUUUUUUCAUUUUGGAUUAUAGGUUUUUGUACCCUUUGUUCAUAUUAAAUUGUAUUAUAUCUUUAUUCUUCCUUCUCAUAUGAGUUUUAGUAAUAUGAGUUCUUAGUCUA